AUGGCUCUAUUGAAACCUCAACCUACUACUCGCCCUCGAGGUGACUCCGUCAGCUCUGAUUCGUCUUUCCGCUCUGCAAUUUCUUUUCAUUCCGACACCUCUUAUCAGUCUGCUAGCUCUUUCGUAGCUGUUGGGUUUGCCGAAGCCGUUGAGCCUCCCGGAUUUGCUACGUCUCCUGGCAACAAUGGUCCUACAACUCAUGGUCGACGUAACUCUACUACCUCACCGAGCUCUACUGACUCUGGCGUUUACAUGAGCUCUGGAACUCCUUUGCAUUCCGACAAUACCGCUGGCCCAUCUAACUCUAAUCCGAGCUCUUCCAUUCCCUCUGCUAGUUCUACUAGCUCUGUACACCUACAUCAUACCGAAUCUACUAACUCUAACCCAUCCGCUGACUCUGACAGCCCCAGUGUUUCUACUACCUCCAGCACCACCAAAGAUGACGCAGGAAAUCAGCAGAGCCGAAAUGAGGGAGCUCACUCAGACUGA